GAGACUAACAGUAAUAAGAGAUCGCACCACAGUGAUGAGAGACCUCACCAGUGUAAUGUAUGUCAUGUAUCUUUCAAAAGAUUAAGUUCUCUCAAAAUGCACAUGGUGACUCACAGUGAUAUAAAACCUUACCGAUGCAGUUUGUGUCAAGCUUCAUUUAAGUUCUCAACUUGUUUAAUAAGGCACAUGGUGACUCACAGUGAUGUGAAACCUUACCAAUGCAGUUUGUGUAAAGCUUCAUUUAAGUUGUUAGAUCUUUUAAAACAGCACAUGGUGACUCACAGUGAUGUAAAACCUUACCGAUGCAGUUUGUGUCAAGCUUCAUUUAAGUUGUCAAAUCAUUUAAAACAGCACAUGGUGACUCACAGUGAUGUGAAACCUUACCAAUGCAGUUUGUGUAAAGCUUCAUUUAAGUUGUUAGAUCUUUUAAAACAGCACAUGGUGACUCACAGUGAUGUAAAACCUUACCAGUGCAGUUUGUGUAAAGCUUCAUUUAAGUUGUCAAAACAUUUAAAACAGCACAUGUUGACUCAUAGUAAAGUAAAAAAUCACUCUUGUACUGCAUGUCCUUUGGCUUUCAAAAGAUUAGAUCACCUAAAAAAGCACAUGGUGACUCACAGUGAUUUGAAACCUUACAAGUGUAGUGUAUGUGAUGCAUCUUUUAAAAGAAGGGAUAAACUAAGUCGGCACAUGUUGACUCACAGAGAUGUUUUUGUUAAAGCAACUGGGACUGAGUCUCAGGAGAUGAAGGAGCUGAAGACCUGUGUACAGCUUGAAAGCAUUUCUGGUCCAGCUUACAUAAAACCUGAGCUUGCUAAGCAUAUUCCUCAAUCAAACUGGAAACAUGAGGAUGCUGUAAAACUGGAGCUAAACUCUCAGGAUGCUAUUUAUUGUAUUAAAACAGGGCAAGUUCCUGGUGAAGAACUUCAUCACAUAAAACCUGAGUAUGCUGUACACAUUGAGCAGUCAGAUUCUAGUCAUGAGAGUGCUGUGAAAGUGGAGUGCAUGUACCAAUGUCAAGAUAUCACCUGUUUAAUUAAGACUGAACAGGAUUCAGUGCAUUCUGCAAAGACAGAAGAGUAUCUUGUAUUUAAGCAAGAAGAACAAGAUCAUAGUCACAUAGUGAAGACUGAGACAGGAUGGCCUGGUCAGCAUGCAGUGUGGCAGCAUGACAAUGAUGAAAAUAUUCAAGAAAUGAAUUCUGCUAGUCUUAUAAUUCCUGAGGUGACUCACAGUGAUGUGAAACCUUACCAAUGCAGUUUGUGUAAAGCUAAGUAUUUCAAGGACAUGGAGGAUGAGUUCCGUGGUCUGCUGGACAUGAACAAGAUUGAAGGCGUGGUGCAAGUCUUAACCUUUCUGUUUGUCAUUGGGUUCAAGCCUCAGGCAGGAAAACUAUGCUUUGUCGUCUUGACGCACCAUGCAGCAUCUCUUACACCGCAUGCGAGACAGCCAUCAGGUCGUGUAUACCAUUCUGAUGAGGAGACCCAUGCAAGACAGAAUUGA